AUGGGUUUCUUGGAAACCGUAAUCCUGUCCGCGCUGCAUGCCUCGCUGCUGUGCCCUGUAUGUUCGAGCGCUACGAUUGCACUGCUCGACCACGAGGAGGAAAAGCGGCGCCAGCGGUGGGCAGACUUCGUCUUCGUUCCUGCAAACUUGGAUGCCGGCUCAGCGUCUCCUCCGCAGAGUUUGGAAGCUUGUCGUGGACUCGAUCUUCAAUCCGAGCUUGGGCCCGCAGCAAUGGCUUCGAAACGUGAACUGGGAAGUGGUGCGUUUGGUGAUGUCACACUGCACGAGGAGGACGGGAAAUCGUACGCCCUCAAGACGAUUUCCCACCAGCUGCUAAAGCACCGCCAGCUUGAGGCCGCUGCACAGGUGGAGCGCGAAGCCCUCGAAAUAUGCCAAGGACAUCCGUGCAUUGUCCGGUUCUACGGACAUGUGGAGUCUGUGGCAAACACAGUUCUUGUGAUGGAAGUGUUGCAAGACCUCGUGGGUGUGUAUACUUCUGCCAGCCUUUGGGGCAACCCGGCGGUGGUUCGCGAACACGUGGCGUGUGUGGCGGAGGCGCUCUCCUACAUGCACUCCAAGCAGAUCAUGCAUAGAGAUGUGAAGCCCAAGAACAUGUUGUUGGACGCCCGUGGCUGCUGCAAGCUGUGUGAUUUUGGAUCCGCGAAGCUUUGCAGUGGCCGUGCUUAUAGUUUUGUGGGCACAGCGGAGUACAUGGCCCCCGAGAUGGUAAGGAAGACCGGCCACACUGCUGCUGUGGACUGGUGGGGUUUGGGCUGCGUCCUGUUCGAGCUGCUGUCCGGCCAAGGACUUUUUUCUGGAAGGCGAGACGAGGUGUUUAGUUCCAUCGACCGGGGAGUUAGCGAGACGGCCUUUGCAGACUUGGCCUUUGAGAGUGCUUCCGAGCUUGUCCAAGGCCUUUGUGCCCAAAUGCCGCACUUACGUCUACCGAUGAUGAACGGUGGCAUCGACAACAUCAAGACACAAUCAUGGUAUGCAGACUUCCUGUGGCCGAACUUUGUGGUUGAGAAAGUGCAGCUCGGAAUGCUUAUAUGCCUGCACCAGACAGCACUGCCAACGCUCUUGGUGACCUCUCGUGAGAGCCGCAUCCCGCCGCAAGCAUCAAGCUCAAGCUCGCAAGCUUCAUGCAACGCCAGUGCAUCCAGUGCCGGUAGUGCCGGCAGGACAAAGGCGCAGGCCAAGUUCUUGGAGCGUGUGCUCAAGAAAGCUUGA